AUGUCACCCUACCGUCUGGUGUUCGGGAAAGCUUGUCAUCUACCGGUAGAAUUGGAGCAUCGAGCUUAUUGGGCUGUGAAGAAAUUGAAUUUAGACAUGAAAUUGGCCGGUCCACAACGCUUGUUGCAGCUUGAUGAAUUGGAGGAAUUCCGGAACGGUGCAUAUGAAAAUGCAAAGAUAUAUAAAGAACGGACAAAGAUGUGGCAUGACAAGAGAAUAUUAAGGAGGGAAUUCAAGGUAGGAGAACCGGUUCUUCUAUUCAAUUCUCGCUUGAAACUCUUUCCAGGCAAGCUCAAAUCCCGGUGGUCAGGACCAUUUGUAAUCCGCAAGGUAUUCCCUUAUGGUUCAGUGGAAUUAGUAGGCAAGGAUGGGUCUACCUUUCAGGCAAAUGGGCAACGCUUCAAACAUUACUAUGGAGAGGAAAAUUGGGAUGUGGAAGAAAUUACCCUUAACGAACCAACUUGA